AUGUCUACCUCAAUAGAGAUUGUGUCUGUACCCACUGUUGACACUCCUGGCACUUGUCUUCUUGUUCAUACCGACCAGCGCACAUAUGUCUUCGGACGCCUUGAAGAAGGCACUCAGCGUGCCUUCCAGAGCCGCAAGGUUCGGAUAGGAUCAACCGAGCAUGUCUUUCUCAGUGGCACUGUCUCGUGGCAGCAGGUUGGAGGUCUCUUCGGCUACGUCCUUACAGUUGGCGGCGUCUUGGACGCGAGCAGAGAGCAGGAGGCGGCCGAGAACCUGAAGAGGAAGGAGAAGGGUCUGAAGGCUCUCAGGGAAUCUUCUCGUCAUCCUAUUCAUAUUCACGGUGGCGAGAACUUGAACCAUACCCUGGCCGCAUGCCGUUCCGUCAUUCUACGGCAACCCGUUACUGUCAAGACGCAUGAACACAGAGAAGAUCCCCGCCUCGAUACCAUCGAAAGCCUAGAACCGGACUGGAAAGACGAUUCACUUCGUGUAUGGAAGAUACCAAUUCAACGAGAGCGCUCUAGUAGCCCGCAGAAGCGUCGUCGUUCCAGUGUCGAGGCAGAUAUUGACUCCUCAGGGCCACCAUUUAAAGGAUAUCCAUCUCUUUCGGAUCCCGAAUAUGCCGGCACCUUGGUCGAAAAGCUCAUGUUCAAUGGUGAACUCGCUAGAGUAGGUUAUAUGGGCACAAUUGUUCAUGUGAAGCUGGCGACCGUCAAGCCUGAAGACACAGUCUUUGUCUUCCAGGGUCAACACAAGGGUUCCCUUGGAGUCUACAAAGGUCCUAGGCCCGGUGACCCAAACUUUGAGGACAAGGGUGAAAUCGUAUGGGUAUUUGGUAGAUCUUCUAAAUCUUCACCCGAUGGCUCUCUCAACGUACUACACCGGCCGAUGCCUCCUACGAUAUACAGCCAAACCUCCAUGUGCUACCUAGUCAAAUGUCUUCCUCGCCGAGGUAAAUUUGACGCCCAAAGGGCCAAGGAGCUUCAAGUACCCGUGGGUGAUUACAGGAAGCUGAUCGCGGGUGAAACUAUAAAGACAGAGGCAGGUGUCACUGUGACCCCUGAAAUGGUUGUCGGUCCGGAAGUGCCCGGUCCUGGAUUCAUCGUUGCUGACAUCGAAUCACACGAUCUUAUCGACUCUUUCAUUGAGCGACCAGAAUGGUCAAAUCCCGAACUGAUGACCGACGUUGUUGCUAUGUACUGGAUCCUGGGUCCUGGGUUGAUAACAGAUGCCAGAAUCAAGAAGUUUGUCGAUCAGCGCCGUAAGGUGAAGCAUGUCUUCUGCGCAAAAGACAUAUGCCCUAACGUGAUUUCCCUUGCUGGGCCUGCUCAGUUACAGACCAAGUUGCACAUCAUUGACCCUGACAGAUUCAAUCUACUCAACUUUGACAACAACUCCAAGGCAGAAUUGCCUAUUGGACAUGUCGAAUAUGGCCGUACUGGAAACAAGAUCACCCUCAUGCCCCGCCUAAGAUUCAACGAUGGAACCGUUACCCCCGUUGUCAAUCUUCUAGAUGCAGCCAUGGAAGUCAACCAGGAGAUUCUUAAGCUAGCGGAGCAGGCUCAAAAAGAAACCUCGGACCCCGAGUUUCUACGGAAGCUAGAAGAGGACGAGAAGGACAUUCCCAACCGAGAUACUGAGAUCAUCCCUCUUGGCACAGGCUCUUCACAACCGGGCAAGUACCGCAAUGUUUCAUCCACACUGAUUCGCGUGCCUGGCAUCGGCAACUACCUUCUCGAUGUUGGUGAAGGUACCUUGGGCCAAAUUCGACGUCUCUUUGGAGAGGAGGAAACAGGAAAUAUCUUGCGAGACUUGAAGUGUAUUGUGAUUAGCCAUCUUCACGCCGAUCACCACCUUGGUACUCCCAAUCUGCUCAAAGCUUGGUACGAACACACUAUCAACGAUAGCAAUGCAAGAUUGGCCAUAUCUUGUGUAGGAAAAUACAUCGCCCUUCUGGAAGAGGUUGCCCAAGUCGAGGACUUUGGUUUCCACCGACUACACUUUCCCCGUCAUCGUGAUGAGGACAAUGGUGGGGAUAGCGCCGGGGGGCGUUGUGAGCUCAAGGAAGACACCUUUGGACUCAAGGCCAUCACGCGUGUCAAGGUUCCUCACUGCUGGCUCGCAAUGGGCACAGAGCUGGAGCUCACAUCUGGCUUACGCAUUGCCUACUCAGGUGAUUGCCGUCCCUCGAUGGACUUUGCCCGUGCAUGCAAAGGAGCCCAUCUCCUCGUCCACGAGUGCACUUUUGACGACGACAUGAUAUCUCACGCUAAGAAAAAGAUGCAUUCCACCAUGGGCGAGGCUCUGAAUAUUGCGCAAGAGAUGAAGGCGAGGAAGACGCUGCUGACGCAUUUCUCGCAACGGUAUGUCAAGUCUGACUCGAUAAAGGAGGACGAGCGAUUCAAGGGCGGUAAUGUGCUCAUGGCAUAUGACCACAUGAACGUCAAGCUGGGUGAUUUCAAGAAGGCGGCUGCUUUCCAGCCUGUUAUUGCUAAGCUACUGGCACAGGAGGACUAA